GUGUGUUUCUUCCCUCCCCAGCACUUUCACGAUGGAAGGAAGGCACAGCAGCACAUAGAGACUUGUUGGAAGCAGCUCGAAUCAAGUAAAAGGCGAUUCGAACGGGACUGCAAAGAGGCAGACCGGGCCCAGCAGUACUUUGAGAAAAUGGAUGCUGACAUCAACGUUACAAAAGCAGAUGUUGAAAAGGCCCGACAACAAGCUCAAAUACGUCACCAAAUGGCAGAGGACAGCAAAGCAGAUUAUUCAUCAGUUCUUCAGAGAUUCAACCAUGAGCAGCAUGAAUAUUACUACACACACAUUCCCAACAUCUUUCAGAAAAUCCAAGAGAUGGAGGAAAGGAGGAUAGUGAGACUUGGAGACUCAAUGAAGACAUAUGCAGAGGUUGAUCGGCAGGUGAUACCGAUCAUUGGCAAGUGUCUGGAUGGAAUAGUCAAGGCAGCUGAAUCAGUCGAUCAGAAAAAUGAUUCCCAGCUGGUAAUAGAAGCAUAUAAGUCAGGAUUUGAGCCUCCUGGAGACAUUGAAUUUGAGGACUACACUCAGCCAAUGAAGCGCACUGUGUCAGAGAACAGCCUUUCGAAUUCCCGAGGAGAAGGCAAGCCAGAGCUGAAAUUCGGUGGCAAAUCCAAAGGGAAGUUAUGGCCAUUCAUCAAAAAAAAUAAGCUUAUGUCCCUUUUAACAUCCCCCCAUCAGCCUCCCCCUCCUCCCCCUGCCUCUGCCUCACCCUCUGCUGUUCCCAACGGCCCCCAGUCUCCCAAGCAGCAAAAGGAACCCCUCUCCCAUCGCUUCAACGAAUUCAUGACCUCCAAACCCAAAAUCCACUGCUUCAGGAGCCUAAAGCGCGGGCUUUCUCUCAAGCUGGGUGCCACACCAGAGGAUUUCAGCAACCUCCCACCAGAGCAGAGAAGGAAAAAGCUACAACAAAAAGUCGAUGAAUUAAAUAAAGAAAUUCAGAAGGAGAUGGAUCAAAGAGAUGCCAUAACAAAAAUGAAAGAUGUCUACCUAAAGAAUCCUCAGAUGGGAGACCCAGCCAGUUUGGAUCACAAAUUGACAGAAGUCAGCCAAAAUAUAGAAAAACUAAGGCUAGAGGUCCAGAAAUUUGAGGCCUGGCUAGCAGAGGUGGAAGGGAGACUCCCAGCACGCGGAGAACAGGCCCGUCGCCAGAGUGGGCUGUACGACACACAGACCCCGCCGCCAGUCACCAACUGUGCCCAAGACCGUGAGAGCAGCCCGGAUGGCAGUUACACAGAGGACCAGAGUCAGGAGAGUGAGGUGAAGGUGCUGGCCACAGAUUUUGAUGAUGAGUUUGACGACGAGGAACCCCUUCCUGCUAUUGGCACUUGUAAAGCUCUCUACACCUUUGAAGGUCAGAAUGAAGGAACUAUCUCGGUGGCUGAAGGAGAAACACUGUAUGUCAUCGAGGAAGACAAAGGUGACGGGUGGACUCGCAUUCGGAGGAACGAAGACGAGGAAGGCUACGUCCCCACUUCCUAUGUCGAAGUCUAUUUGGACAAACAUGCCAAAGGUGCUAAGACUUAUAUUUAAUACAACUUAAAACAAAUUGGAGUUGUCUCUCCCCACAACUGUGACUGCUACAGGCAGUUCUUCAAAACACCAGGUGGAGCACACCACAGACCGUGUGUCUGGGUGGCCUCACGGUGGCCAGCAGGCGGCUCACACCUGAAUUGCCUUGGCUAGUCUUGACUAUAAUCCUGUUCUGCUUACUGAUGGAAUUUUAUGUGGAAAACUGCCAGCUGCCCAUUGACAACCAUGUCAUUUGAAAGCUGGUAAACCUAGUUCUUUGGGCAGCAUCUGUAGAUGAUAAGAAGCCAGUCGCCUAUUAGCCUUCAAUCAUUAUUUCUGAAUUUAAACAUCCACAUGCAUUUGAGGGGUGUGUGAAGCUUCAGGUGUCUUAUUUCUGUGCAGUAGCUGCAAUUAAACUCUUUUAGAAUGUUACACUUGGUAACUUAAUUGAGAGACACUGAUCUGUUAAAUGUCUUCAUCAUCAUUUUGGAUGAAGUCUGAUAUAAACAGCCCCCCUGAAGAUCUUCAGAGUCUUCUUAUGUGGGUAUUCAGAGUGUGUAUUCUUACUGAAACAUGGUUAAGUUCAUUUUCAAGAUCUUUGUGAUCUUCAUGUUAUGUCUUUAUGAUCCCAGACUACCUUUUGAAAUCUGGAAAAGUUGCAUCAACUACUCAUCUGAUAUCUACAAGUGACCAACCAGUGAGAUCUCCCCCUGCCCACUGAGAGAGUAGGUCAGCUGGGCUAGUAAGGCUGAGUUAAAUACAGAUGGAAACAGAACACUUGAUUCAGCCCUUGAUUCAGUUCUGGUGAGGGUUUUGUGGUGAAGAGAGAGCUGCAUUCAGCCCAUACUGCCCCAGGUAGGGUUAGAAAUAGGCCAGGCGGUAGCACAGCAGGUUAAGCACACUUGGUGCAAAGUGCAAGGACCGGCUUAAGGAUCCCGGUUCGAGCCCCUGGCCUCCUACCUGCAGGGGAGUCGCUUCACAGGCAGUGAAGCAGGUCUGCAGGUGUCUGUCUUUCUCUCCCCCUCUCUGUCUUCCCCUCCUCUCUCCGUUUCUCUCUGUCCUAUCCAACGACUACAUCAAUAACAAGGACAAUAAAACAACAAGGGCAACAAAAGGGAAAAAAUAGCCUCCAGGAGCAGUGGAUUCAUAGUGCAGGCACCGAGCCCCAGCAAUAUCCCUGGAGGCAAAAAAUAAAAGAAAGAAAGAAAUAGAGCCACAUGCGCCACACAGCCCUUGGGCCGGGGUGGGGGUGGGGUGGGGAGUGGGGCUUGUAUUUUUCUCUGUUAUUAAGAUCUUUCAUGCCCAAAGUAUGAGUUGACUGAAUAUUGCUCUUGGAACCUCAAGUUCAUUUAAUAUAAGCAGCUGUAGCCAGAUGAAAACAUUCUCACCGGUUGGAAAGGAAUCUGGGUUGCGUAAGGAUUUGCAUUUUUUAAGUUGGCAGGAUAGACAGUGAAAUCAGUCACAUGUAUAAACGGGUCCCAAGCCCAAAGUGUGUGUUUGUUUCUGGGAUUCUCCCAGACUCCAGAUCACAAAGAACCAGCUAGCAGUGGGCUGGAGGAGGAAGGUCUCAGAUUGAAACUGUCAUUUAAUUUGGCUUUGAGAAUUACCUGUGUGAUCUUCCUACUUUUAAAUAGAACAUUAGCUUCUUGCUUCUGCAGGGUAGACUCCUUCACUAUGCUCCAGUCCAGUGAGGGUUUACUUAGGUGGGAGAGACAGCAUAAUGCUUACAUGGAAAGACUUUUCAUGCCUGAGGAUUCAAGUCCCAGGUUCAGUCCCCCACACACCACAAGCCCCCACAUCACCACAAGCCAAGCCAAAGCUGAGCAGUAGUUGGGUGAAAAAACAGAUAAAUAGGGGGUCUGGUGGUAGCACAGUGGGUUAAGCGCACGUGGCGCAAGCGCAAAGAUCGGCGUAGGGAUCCCGGUUCGAGCUCCCAGCUCCCCACCUGCAGGGGAGUUGCUUCACAGGCGGUGAAGCAGGUCUGCAGGUGUCUGUCCUCUCCCUCUCUCUGUCUUCCCCUUCUCUCUCCAUUUCUCUCUGUUGUAUCCAGCAGCGAACAAUGUCAACAAUAACGAUAAUGACCGCCGCGGGGCUGCAGCAACAGGGGCAACAAGGAGGGGAAGAGGUGGCCUCCAGGAGCAGUGGAUUCAAGUUGCAGGCACUGAGUCCCAGCAAUAACCCUGGAGGCAAAAAAGAAGGAUAGAUAGAUAGAUAGAUAGAUAGAUAGAUAGAUAGAUAAAAGCAGCCAUCAACAGACAUAGUUUGACUGCAGGGCCUAUUAGAUGUGGUUGCUGAUGGUUUAAGCAGAAGGUUUGCUUCCAUUGCACAAGAGCCACCAGUGUGGGACUUAGUAACCUUUUUUUUUUCCUGGGAGGGGGGUAAGUAGCAUAAUGGCUAUGCAAAGAGACUCUUAUGCCUGAGGCUCUGAAGUCUCCAGUUCAAUCCCACACACCACCAUAAACCAGAGCUGAGCAGGGCUCUGGUUUAAAAACAAAACAAAACAUAUAUGUGUAUAUGUAUGUAUUUUUCUUCCUACCAGAGACCUGUUCAGCUUUGGCUUAUUUCGGUGUGUGUGUGUGGUGGUGUGUGUGUGGGGGGGGGAUUGAACCUGGGACUUUGGAGCCUCAGGCAUGAGAAUCUUUUUUUGCAUAACCAUUAUGCAAUCUAUCCCUGCCCCGCCCCAUAACCUUUCUUUAAUGACAGCCUGACUUCUAGAACGCUUUUAGUUUGAAAAUAAUAUUAGUGUCUCGAGAUUGCAAAGGUAGUACAAAGAGAUCCUGUGAACUUCUCCUCAUUUCCCCAGUGCUUAAUCAGACACAAUUAGAAGGCAAUAGCAAAGGCAAGAAACCAAGAUUGGUUAGCCUGUUUUUAUUUUAUUUUAUUUUAUUUUUUAUCUUCUUAAUUUUGUAAGGCACAGUUAAAGUAUUACACCUUUGCUGACAUAAUAGUAAUAAAGUCACUCCUGACCCUUUCUGAACUAGCUGCUUUAAGAAAUUAUGUCUGGGGGAGUCGGGCGGUAGCACAGCGUAGCACAGCGGGUUAAGCGCACAAGACGCAAAGUGAAGCGCAAAGAAAGGCGUAAGGAUCCUGGUUUAAGCACCUGGCUCCCCACCUACAGGGGAGUCGCUUCACAGAUGGUGAAGCAGGUCAGCAGGUAUCUCUCUCCUUCUCUGUUUUCCCCUCCUCUCUCCAUUUCUCUCUGUCCUAUCCAACAACAACGACAUCAGUAACAGCAACAAUAACUACAACAACAAUAAAAAAACAAGGGCAACAAAAGGGAAAAUAAAUAAAUAAUUUAAAAAAUUAAAAAAUUUUUUUAAAAAAGAAGUCGUGUCUGUUCUCCUUAAGCAGUGCAGUGAGAAAAGAAACCAGCUGACCCACAAAGCCUAUGGGCUUGUUUCAGUGAGCAGUAGGAGGUCUGAACUCUGUGCAUGGCAGAUAUGAAGUAUUAAAAUGUAAACCCUCUGUUGAUGGACUUAUUUCCUUAAGAUGAGCAGCCAGGGAGCAAACACUAACACAGUCUUAAAUGGGAUUAGAUAUUAGUCUUAAAAAAAAAAUAACUGACCCUGAAAAGUAUUCCAUGGCAGUCCGUAAAGCUUCUAUUUUUUUUUAUUCAUUAUGUAAAAUGGACUCAGAAGAUAACGCAGCUGUUUUUCAUAGGUCCCAGGGAAGCUGGGAUGGGAGGAAGGGGACACAGAUUUAUAGUCACUAUGUUAAGUUGUAUAUUAAAAUGUCUAUAACAGGUGAAUCUGUCUAGUCUAUGAUACUGACUAAACAGUAAGAGAGAGUUGGUGGUUUUCCACCCCUCUAGUCCAUGCGUGAAGUGUUAGGGGGGAAAAGUACUAAGACACAUCCCAAAGAAUCAGGAAUUUCCCUUUCUACACAGAGAGGUCCUCCUCCCCGCCCCCUCCCCGCCCCCUCCCCGGGCCUUUGUUUCUUCUCAGCAGCGAUCUGGAUCUGAGUGAAAGCCUCAGCUUGUUGCAUGAAGUUUUCUCCUUUUAGUUCAGACCUACUUAGAGGUUAAUCAAGGAGAAGCCUCUCCUCCCCACGUAGUGUAUCAUCCGCCCUCCUCCCCUCCACGCCCUCUGGGAGCCCAGCCUGGGCCUGCCCCAGCGGGUGUGGCUGCUGUUUUCUCAUCCCUUAACUCAAAGCAGUGGUUUUAUUUUCAGUAAUGCCAAUGCGCUUUUGAGAGUGUGUGGUGUCUGCCAUUAUUUAAUAAUUGCCAAAACAUUUAGACUAGAGUUGCUUCCCGAUUGGUCAACUGAAUUGGUGACUAUCUUCUUGAAUGGUUUUGUUGUCAUUUUUUGUUUUGUUUUAAAUUACUUUCUGUUCUUUCUGUUAAAUAUGUCUUGCCCCCCCCCAUAUGUCUGUAUAUACUGCCAUUUAAAAACUAAAGAGAUGACUUGAAUUCAUUGUUUACUCUUAUCUGUUUUUUUCUUUCUUUUUUUCUUUUUUCUUUUUUUUUUUCUAAUUUGUGGUUCUGCUGCCUAACGACCUUUUUGUUUUUGUAACCACUGGGGAAGCCGGAAGGACUGUUGCACUGGUUAGGUCCCAGCCGGCUGCUCCGCACUUGAGUUUAUUGUAGACACUUGGGUUCUGAGUAAGUUUGUUUGAACAUGACCAACCUGAUGUUCCUCUCUCUUUGUCUUCUAAAAGAUAAGAACCUUGUCUGGCACCUUUUUAGUUGUAUCCUCGUAUCUGCCUCUCUAAUAAACAUUGCAUUUUUUU